UCCUCCGGGCGCUAGCGUGCGGGACGGUGCUAGUGGGAGCGAGGCGGCAGCUGGAGGUGACGCCUGACGGAUUAAGCCUGUGGCCGAGCCAGCCCAGAGAGUGGACCGCUGGGCGCUGCGCAGAGGAGCCGCGGAAGCACUUGGCUUGCUGUCGCCGAACCAAGCCUGUUCCUGCGCUUGACGGGCCGAGGACCCUGGACAGCAGAGGCCCAGGGACAACUGAGCUGAUGGCGUCUUCGACCCCUUCUUCAUCCGCUACCUCCUCGAACGCUGGAGCGGACCCCAGUACUACCAACCUGCGUCCCACAACGUAUGACACCUGGUGUGGGGUGGCCCAUGGAUGCACCAGAAAACUGGGACUUAAGAUUUGUGGCUUCUUGCAAAGGACCAACAGCCUGGAAGAGAAGAGCCGGCUUGUGAGUGCCUUCAAGGACAGGCAGUCCUCCAAGAACCUGGUUUCCUGUGACAACAGCGACAGGGACGGCCAUUUCAGGCGCACGGAGACCGACUUCUCCAACCUGUUUGCUCGAGAUCUGCUUCCAGCCAAGAACGGGGAGGAGCAAACUGUGCAGUUCCUCCUGGAGGUGGUGGACAUACUCCUCAACUAUGUCCGCAAGACAUUCGACCGCUCCACCAAGGUGCUGGACUUCCAUCACCCACACCAGCUGCUGGAGGGCAUGGAGGGCUUCAACUUGGAGCUCUCUGACCACCCUGAGUCCCUGGAGCAGAUCCUAGUUGACUGCAGAGACACCCUGAAGUAUGGGGUCCGCACAGGUCAUCCUCGAUUUUUCAACCAGCUCUCCACUGGACUGGAUAUCAUUGGAUUAGCUGGUGAAUGGCUCACAUCAGCUGCCAAUACCAAUAUGUUUACUUAUGAAAUUGCUCCAGUGUUUGUCCUCAUGGAGCAAAUAACACUUAAGAAGAUGAGAGAGAUAGUUGGAUGGUCAAAUAAAGAUGGUGAUGGGAUCUUUUCUCCUGGGGGAGCCAUAUCCAACAUGUACAGCAUCAUGGCUGCUCGCUACAAGUACUUCCCGGAGGUCAAGACAAAGGGCAUGGCGGCUGUGCCCAAACUGGUCCUCUUCACCUCAGAACAUAGUCACUAUUCCAUAAAAAAGGCUGGGGCUGCACUUGGCUUUGGAACCGACAAUGUGAUUUUGAUAAAGUGCAAUGAAAGGGGGAAGAUAAUUCCUGCGGAUUUAGAGGCAAAAAUUCUUGAAGCCAAGCAGAAGGGAUAUGUUCCUCUUUAUGUCAAUGCAACUGCUGGCACGACUGUUUAUGGAGCCUUUGAUCCGAUACAGGAGAUUGCAGAUAUAUGUGAGAAAUAUAACCUUUGGCUGCAUGUCGAUGCUGCCUGGGGUGGUGGGCUGCUCAUGUCCAGGAAGCACCGCCAUAAACUCAGUGGCAUAGAAAGGGCCAGCUCAGUGACCUGGAACCCUCACAAGAUGAUGGGCGUGCUGUUGCAAUGCUCCGCCAUUCUCGUCAAGGAAAAGGGGAUACUUCAAGGAUGCAACCAGAUGUGUGCAGGCUACCUCUUCCAGCCAGACAAGCAAUACGAUGUCUCCUAUGACACUGGGGACAAGGCAAUUCAGUGUGGCCGUCACGUGGACAUUUUCAAGUUCUGGCUGAUGUGGAAAGCAAAGGGAACAGUGGGAUUUGAAAAUCAGAUCAACAGAUGCUUAGAACUGGCUGAAUACCUCUAUGCCAAGAUUAAAAACAGAGAGGAAUUUGAGAUGGUUUCCAAUGGUGAGCCUGAGCAUACAAACGUCUGUUUCUGGUAUAUUCCACAAAGCCUCCGGGGCAUGCCGGACGGACCUGAGCGAAGGGAAAAGCUACACAGGGUGGCUCCCAAAAUCAAAGCCCUGAUGAUGGAGUCUGGCACGACCAUGGUUGGCUACCAGCCUCAGGGGGACAAGGUCAACUUCUUCCGGAUGGUCAUCUCGAACCCGGCCGCCACCCAGUCUGACAUCGACUUCCUCAUCGAGGAGAUAGAAAGACUGGGCCAGGAUCUGUAAUCGCCCAGAGAACAGGCGUCUGUGGGGUGUCCCCUUCCUUUCUGACACUCUAGAACCCUCUGUACGUUACUAAAACAACAGGCCAUUUCACUAAGGGAAAAUAUAUCUUGAAGAAUACUGUUAAACCCUUACUUAAGCUUGUUAUAGUUAGCAGGAAAUAAUGUUCUUUUUAAAAAGUUGCACAUUAGGAACACAGUAUAUAUGUACAGUUAUAUAUACCUCUCUAUGUAUAUGUAUAUGUAUA